CAAAAAAUCCCCUGUAUUAUUGAUUACAUUGGUCGCGAAAGAACUACGUGGUGUUCAAAAGAGCUUCACAGCUCAUCUGAUUUACUCCAAUUUCAAGUCAUCGCCCGCUUCUCAUCACAAAUCGAUGCUGUGCGGCGAUCGGAGGAAUCGAUUCGACUGCCCGCUGAUGACGUCAGCCCGGCUUCCGCCACGUGCUCCUCCGCAGCGGUGGCUUGGAGCUUGUACAGUACGUGAGCGGCACGCAACCGCAUGAGCGGUGUAACCCUGUGGGUUAUCGCAGUCCUUUUUUAUUUUUACUUCUAAGCCCCCCCCCCCCCCUCUCUUGUGCACUCUCGCCUUUUCUCGAGUCCCGCGUGUCCUCUUCGGCCGGCCGCGGGGAGGAGGAGCCGGAAACCCAGGAGGAGGUAAAGAUGGACACCGGUGCCCCCGUCAGAGGAAGGACGAAGCUGGAGGAGAUCCUUGCAGCAGGUCCCAUGGUGUUCUGCAGUAAAAUGGCCAUACUGCAGGGCGGGCUGCUGCUGGCCGAGAGGCAGCUGAGGCCAAAGCGUCUUGAGGAGAUGGACAAGGCCGACUGGAGCACCAUUCGCGACGCCAUGCUGGGCACCGCCAAUGAAGUCUGCUCCUCUCCGGAGCACUCUGACAUCAAGAAGAUCCAUUGGAAGAAAAAGAUCUUGGCUCUGCUGUGGAUGAAGAUGCUCCGAAUGUCCCCGCAUUGCAAAACACACAAUGACGGUCUCCAACUCGAUGAUGAUGAUAAUGAUGAUUCUGAGAGCGACCUGUUUUUUCCCAUAAAUCACAUGAUGCCCAUGAUAAAUCGGACGUUUCUGUUUGAGCUGGUGAAAGACCUUCAGGCUGCAGCCGAAUUCGCCCAGCUUAUGAAUCUCCUGCCGGCUGAUGUGUGCGCUCGUGAGACAAAGCAUUUUCUAGCUCAUGUUCUCAAAGACGCAGCGGAGGCAGACGUUGCAUUGCUGCUUGAUGUAUGGAGAGGCAUUCUUCUGCACACGGGAUGCAAGAAGACCGAGGGGGAGCUGGAGAAAGCAUUUGAAGACAACCUGAAACCGGCGAGCCCUGAAUCGGUAGACAUCUGCCCAGCUGCCAAACGGCCUAAAAAGGACAAUGAUUGUGGUGUAGUGUUGGAGAAAGAUAUAGGAGCGUCUUCUGUUGCAUUAGUGUUGGAACUCAGCGCUUCUAACUAUAAUGAUAUUCCAGCAUAUUUUAUAGAAAGCCUCUUUAAAAUUGCAGGGGAGAUCGUUGCACCAGUCCACAAAUACGAGGCUCUCGCAAAUUUCGCCGAUACAUUAUUUAAGUCUGCCUUGCACCAAAAGGGUCUUGACCUGUGGGGUUUGCCGGUCGAAGAGUACGUGGACAAAGUCGGCGUGCUGCUGCAUCUUAGAGGUUUCAAAAUGAGCAGAGACCAUAACAGCACGGUGGAACAGGUCAGGGAAGUCGAGAAUGAGGUCUAUAAUAACCAUUCUGGUGGGGUGCUGAGACUGGACGUGUGCCAGCUUAACCGAUACCUUAAGUCUUUUUGCGAACUUCUGGAGGCCUGGAAGGAGGGACUCUGUAUAAUACAAGAGGACCAGCCUGUCGCCAGUCGGGCAGCUGUUGAGUCAUACCGUAUGGUGGACAGUUUGAGGCGCCUGUGUUCAGUCAUGUCCCUAAACGUGAGUGUUUCUGAAGAUCCAGUGACCACAAGUGACGCGAUCUCUUUCGAGCCUUUGCCUCUGAGCAACAUUCUUGCUCAGCUUGAGCCCACGCAUACGUGGCAAGUCCCCGACAACGUGCAGCUGCUUGUUGCCACGUCCAUGGUCGACAGGAAGAUGCGCAGGCACCAGGACGUCUGCGAGUUGAUGAUCGCUCGCGUCGACUGGGCAAUCAAAGAAGAACGCUGGAUGCAGUGCUUGAAAAAAAACAUUUCACGACUGAACACGCCACAACUCGUCUUGGCUUUGGCUAGAACCUUCGCCAAAGUCAUUGCGCAGCUUAAGGGAGGGCUCGCGAGCGAGAGCUUGCUGCUGCUGAAAGCAAAGAGGCUGAAGGAGUCGCUCGUGAGUACUUUUUCCGCACUGGCCCCAGCGGGAUGUAACGAAGUCCUGCGUACGGUGGUGGAGGAGACGGGCGGUGAUGGUUUGGGAGUUGAGCGGUUGGAAGCUUUGGCAGAGGACUUUGCCAUGGACAUGAACCUGGUGUUCAACUGCAUCACGGACACGAGCUCUGGAGACGGACUUUCACGAGCCAUUUGCACCGUGGGUACGGCUGCCCUCCUGGCUCCUCGUGCCACCGUCAAUGAGAUUUGUCGUCAGGCCGUGACGAAUGUCGGAGCGCCCUCGAUUAUGGCGCAAGUCCUGCUGGGACUCCCUGCUUUGGCUAUGCCUGUUAAAAACUCCAGAGGGGACAGUCUCAGCAUGCUUUUGGACUGUCUCUCGACUCGAACCUUAGGGCAGCUCUCAACUGAAAAGGAAGAGCGACAGUUUGUGGAGUUUUUGCGCGCCCUCACGCUUUCACCACAACAGUCCAGUAAUCCACUGAUUUCUCCAGCUGAAAUUCUCAAUACCUUUGUCCUCCCGUAUUUGCAGGAGCAGGGCAGCAUUUUGGAAUUCGCUCUUAAAAUCUUUAGCCAAAUUUUGAAUAUUGAAGGGGCCACUAAAAGUGACCAGAAAAUUGAGCCAUUGGCUAUUGGUGGUGGUGGUGGUCGAGAUGAUACCGAAACGAUUACCAAUGUCCAGCAAACUGUAAUUCCCUCUGGUGGUGUAUCAAGCAGUCAAUUUUCUGAGUUACCUGUCAAUGCUGCCCACCCGCAGACCAAAUCCUGUGUCCAGCACUGGCUAAUGGACUGCUCGCCAUUCCCAAUCAUUAUGUGUCUCAGCCAGCAGCUGGAACGCCGCAAGGUUUGCCGUUGCCCCGAUGGCUUGCAGACGGGCGAAGGUGAGCAUUCGGUGAUGGAGAUAAAAAGCCAUCUCAUGGAGGUGCUGGCUCAGGUUUGUGUGAUCGUGCAAAAUGCCAUGAGUGUGGAGACCACGGACUGGGUGCGCUCUGUGGACUGGCUGGACCACAGUGUUGCUUCGAUGGAUUGGUCCGUUCGCCUGCACCUGCUGCCCAUCCUGUCCCCGCAGCGCAAGGCGUGCGCUCCAGAAGUCCUAUUCGGUGUGUGCAAGCUUCCCGAUGCUCGGUGGGAGCGAUGCCGCAGUGAAGACUCAUCGUUGUACGGCCCAGGAACGGGCCUGCUGGCCUGGAUUGAGUGCUGCCGUGUAAGCGAUGGGCUCGCCGAACAGAUGAUCAAAUCCCUGCACGUCGACCAGACGCAGCCUGAGGAGGUGAACCUGUUCAGCAAGGGCUUUCUGCUGGUCGUGACGCAGAUUCUGCCCGAGUGCACGCUCACCGAGUGGCGACGUGUGGUGAGGGUGAUGUGCCGCCUGCUCGAAGCCAGGGUCCUCCACGUCCCCGUCACGCUGGAGUACGUGCAGUUCCUGCCGUUGACCGACCUGCGACCCUUCUCGGUGGCGCUGCGGGUCUCUCAGCUCCUGCUGCGUGUCUUCCAGCUACUGUGCGGCUCGAGCUGCGCCGGCUGGCUCUCCCACGCCGGCUGGGCACACGCUGUAAGCCUGGCUGCCGGCACCUUCGUGGACAUGAUGCGAGAGUUUGGAACACGGAGGAGUAACGCCGGCCCGAGAGGCAAAGUGAAGCACGCCGAACGCGCAGCCGUAAACGACCUAUCCAUGACAGUGUCUCCCGAACAGAAGAUUGCACAGAAGAAAGCGAAGGGGAAAGUGAAAGUUGAAGUCGACGCGAAAAGUAAAGACGGUAAAGCACAAGGCGGAGUAUCCGUGGAAACAGAAACGUGUGAAGGUGUUGCUGGAGUGUCCUCACCAGAGGGAAUCGGCUUUGCUGCCUGUCAGCUCUUCUGCCAUGCGCUGCACAUAAUGGCCAUGGUGAAGGUUGACCACUGCGAGUUGCUGUUCUUAGCCGCCCUGGAGAUUUUGUCCACAGUCGAGGGGGCACGCGGGGCAGCCGAUAGCUCGUGCAGUACCCUGGAGCAAGCCAACCAGAAGCAAUUCCUUGAAGCCAUCGCAGAGAACGCAGCCGUCCCAGAGCACCGUGCCACCCUGCUGCAGAAGAUCUCCCAGCUUUGAGGCACAAAGUUGCGCACUUGCAGCGUCAUUGCAACAACAACAAAAAAACUUCCCUUCUUUAGUCCUCUGCCCAAGGACAGGUCUUGAGCUUGCGUCAUUUAUACUCUUUGGUUCUAUUCGGUAAAGUCACGUAGGUAAAAAAUAAAACAACAAAAAUCACGACGUU